UGACGUUCGAUCGAAAGAGAGGCCACACGUCACACCCGCCUUGACGCCCCUCACUAACCGCUUCUUAGGCCAGAAUCUUUUGUGCUCGACUACUUGAACCCCUCUUUGCCCCUCUGAUUCCGGCUUCCAUCAGUUGCUUCCAUUUCAAUUGCAUCUCAUCACAGCUUCUAUCUUUACCUUUUUUAAACCCCCACAUACAUUACCGCCACAAUGGUUCCCGUUCCCAAAGCAGACGAGCUCAAGGACCUUUUCAGCCUCAAGGGCAAGGUCGUCAUUGUCACCGGUGCCUCCGGCCCUACCGGUAUUGGCAUUGAGGCUGCCCGCGGUUGUGCUGAGUUCGGAGCCGACCUCGCCAUCACCUACAACUCUCGCGCAUCCGGAGCUGAGAAGAACGCAAAGGAGCUGAGCGAGAAGUAUGGCGUCAAGGUCAAGGCCUACAAGUGCCAGGUCGACUCCUACGCCCAGUGCGAGGAGCUCGUUGCCAACGUCGUCAAGGACUUCGGCAAGGUCGAUGUCUUCAUCGCCAACGCUGGCAAGACCGCUGACAACGGCAUCCUCGAUGCUUCUGUCGAGCAGUGGAACGAGGUCAUCGAGACCGAUUUGAACGGCACCUUCAACUGCGCCCGCGCUGUUGGUCUUCAUUUCCGCGAGCAGAAGAGCGGCUCUCUCGUCAUCACCGCCUCCAUGUCCGGCCACAUUGCCAACUUCCCUCAGGAGCAGACCUCAUACAACGUCGCCAAGGCUGGCUGCAUCCACUUGGCCAGGUCGCUGGCCAACGAGUGGAGGGACUUUGCCCGUGUCAACUCCAUCUCCCCUGGAUACAUUGACACUGGUCUUUCCGACUUCGUUCCCCAGGACAUCCAGAAGCUCUGGCACUCCAUGAUCCCCAUGGGACGUGACGCCAAGGCCAAGGAGCUCAAGGGCGCGUAUGUCUACUUCGCCUCGGAUGCUUCCUCUUACACCACUGGAUCCGAUCUCAUCAUCGAUGGUGGUUACACCGCCAGGUAAACGGGUCGCCCAUCGAAGAAAACGGACACGAACCGAGGGGAAUAACAAGAAAAGUUACGAGUUCUGGCAAGAGCCACGAAAUCUUCUCUGUACUUAGUACUUUAUGACCUGAAUGAAUGCCACGCUUUACAAACC